ACAUAGCGUUCUUCACGAAUCCUGCAAUCUGCUUAGAAAUUACGCGACCUCUCUCAAGAUUCUUUCCUCUUCCCAUUCUCUCACUUCGAUCAGCAUCGUCAAUGGCAUCACGAGACGACAAGCCAUCAAAGCCCUCCAGCAGUCGGACCGGUGGCAUCCGAACCCUUUCCGAUCUCAAUCGACGAUCGCCUGAUUCCGUCGGCGACCCCGAUGGUCCUCAAGAGUAUUACACGGGUGGUGAGAAGAGCGGGAUGCUUGUCCAAGAUCCUACAAAGGGCAAUGAUGUGGAUUCACUUUUCAAUCAAGCUAGGCAAAUGGGAGCAGUGGAAGGUCCUAUUGAUAAUGCCCGUUCAUCUUCAAGCUCAAGCAGCUUUACUGGAACUGGCAGGUUACUGACAGGAGAAACUGUACGUUCUGCACCUGAUCAGCCUGAGAGCAUCAUUCACAAUAUUGUAUUCUGGAGUAAUGGCUUUACUGUAAACGAUGGGCCUUUAAGGAGGUUGGAUGAUCCUGAAAAUGCAUCCUUUUUGGAGAGCAUCAGAAAGUCCGAGUGCCCCAGAGAGCUUGAACCUGCAGAUAGGAGGUCGUCCGUUCAUGUGAAUUUGAUUAGGAGGAUGGAGGAGUAUCGUGAACCAGAAAAGCCACGCCUUCCAUUUCAAGGCGUAGGAAGAACUCUUGGUGGUUCCACGCCAACCCAAGCAACAAACGAGCCAACUUCUACUCCCAGUAAUGUCAAUAGCAGUCCAAGCCCUUCUGCAGGGCUCGUCGUGGAUGAAUCGUUGCCAUCAACCUCAAUUCAGCUUAGGUUGGCAGAUGGAACACGGAUGAUAGCUCAUUUCAAUUACCAUCACACAAUCAGCGAUGUUCGUGGUUUCAUCGACGCGUCUAGGCCAGGGGGUGCCAGAAACUAUCAGCUGCAGUUGAUGGGUUUCCCUCCCAAACUUCUCAGCGACAUGACUCAGACAAUUGAGCAGGCCGGUCUUGCGAAUUCCGUUGUCAUCCAGAAAUUCUAGCACCUAAGAUAAGUUAUCUCUGAUACAUACCAGAAAACAAGGAUUUUAGCAUUGAAAUGGUUCUAAAUUUGAAUAUCAUCCGUGUUGUUAGAAAGAGGAUGUUUUGUGUCUAUUUUGUUCAUGUUCUGUCAGAAGACAUUUGCUGCUAUACAAGUUACUGCAAGAAUUCCUCUUAUACAGAUAUAUUUUGAGCC